UGUUCUGAUGGGAUAUCUGGUGAUGGUUCUUGCAUCUGUGAACCACAUUUUAUGGGGGCUUCGUGUGAAAUCUGCUCACAUGAUAAUAAGUUUGGUGCCAAUUGCAAUGAAGAUUGUUCUUGUCUGCAUGGAGUAUGUGACAAUGGAGUGAGUGGAAGUGGACAUUGUAAGGACAGUUGUUAUGAAGGUUAUCAGGGGAUUGACUGUCAGUACCAAGUACAGCCAUGUGGAGAGUAUACUGCACAAGUGUACUGCCACGCACAUGCUCAGUGCGAGCAAGAAGCUGGCAUAAUCAGGUGUAUAUGUAUUUAUGGCUAUGAACAGGAAGGACAAAAUUGCAUUGCCAUAAACCACUGCAGCAAACCCUCAACUCAAUGCAGCUCACAGGUAAUCUAAUUCUAGCCACCUAUCUCCAUCAUCCAUUUCCUUUUGUUUGUCUAUCAGUGCAUAAUACAAUUUUUCAAUUCAAGACAACUUGCCCAAAAAAAUUGUGUUGCCUUCCACAAGUUAACUUAAAAUUUCAAAAAAUUAUGUUUAACAUAUUUAUUUAAAACCUAUUUCUCACUCACAUUACUCAUUUGAGAAAAGAUUUUGACCGAAAUCAAACCAUACAUUAAAAUAGACCUUGGCUUACGUUUGACAAAUGUGGGGCCAAUGCAUGCAUGGUGCAACAACAGAAUUUUUCCCAAUAUUUUU